AUGGCAUCAACGGCUAAUAUCAGCGUUGAUGUGGUGGAGAACGCUACAGAGGGCAAGCCGACAAUGUUCUCCAUGCUCAAGGACACCCAUAAAGAGCUUAAGAAGAUCGACCUGCAACGUGAGUCUCUGAAAGACGAGAUCGCCAAUCUCUAUGACGCGAUCAGCCGAGCGCAAUCUACAUACUGGAUAAACCAAUCCAAGGCUUUCGAGACCUUUGUCGCAGAGGGUGGCGUGAACAACUUCGAACAGUGGCGCAGCAAAUUCGCUAGGCAGGAGUCAGCUGAGGCCAAGAAGGUUGCCGAGAAUCAAGCCGAGCUUCGCUCGCAAAUUGCUCAUCACCACAACUCGAUAGCACAGCUUGAUGGAGAGUAUUGGGCCAAGUGGCACGCCUGCAUGCACUACAUAGCAGAGGUACCUGCCAAGAAGCCUUCACCGCAGCAUCUAGAGCCUGCGGAAGUGCCGGGUUUAUCGGUGUCUCAGCACCAGAGCUCAACUGUGGUCGCUACUGCGGCCUCAUCACCACCAAGAUCUGGACCGUCUCGCAUAGCCACUUCACCUGGAGCUCCGCCGAUACCUUAUCAGUCCCAACACCAUAGCAAGACGAUCAGCGAGACUCAGGAACAGCCAGAUCAGCAAUAUUCGAGCCGCGCCUCGCGUGCAUUCUCGGGCGUGAUGGACGUGACACCAGGCCAAGUCUACCAAGCAUACUACCAGCAUCCCUCAUCAGUUGAAAGAGGCUGGUAUAUGGCACUUGCUCUACCUUUUCAAGGUGAUGCCUGGGCCAAGGACAUCAAUCUGGAUUUCGCAAUGGAUAUGAUGGAUCUCCAAGACGGCUUCCCAGAUUGUUAUGUUCCUCAAGUCGAGAAGAUCUAUCACACAGGUGCAAACGGCAUUGUCACAACUACAGAGGCCAUCUCGAGUCUCAAGGGCUGGGCACCAGGUUACGAGGAUGGAGGACCGCGCGUCAAGGAGCGUCGUUUCCUCUUUCUCUUCUUUGAUGACCGAAAGCCUGCAAAGCUCAGGAUCCCAGCGAAGCCAGGACAGAAGAUGACAUUCACGAAAUCGGCCUUGUCGAACAUGCCCAUCGAUUGGGUUGCUGCAAGUGACCUACGCCCGGCAGAUAUCAAGGUAGAGGGGUCGGUUCGGGGUCGGAAGACUGCGGAGAAGUUCAAGAAGAUGAUGGAGUCCCUUGCCAGCUUGGAGAAGGGCGUUGAGGGAGGCAUGGCUUGCGACGCGUCUAGGCUCUCGGCCGAUACAUCCAUCUUCUCCCACGACGAUCUAUCCCGCAGCUUAUCUAGACCACCAGCGCAUGAGGAUGGCCAAACGGAUGAGAGAAAAGCCGACCUCAAGAAGAGUGCCACGGAAGCUAUCAAGAUGAGCCAUAUCGUUCAGGACGACUUGGCUAAUUCCACCCGAUUCGCACAUGAAGCGAACACAAUGGAUAUUGAUGAGGACUACGCCAGCACAUCCAGCACACACCACAACCAGGCAGUAAAAGACGACCCGAACAAGUUUGAUGAGGGAGUAGGUAUGGACUAUGAUCUCAUGGACUAUGACCUCGAGGGCGCGAAAGUCUCGUCUCAGCUGCCUCCUCUCCGAGGACCGUCGCUCGGCGGACCGUCUCACGAACGCUUGCCCAGCUUCAGCGAGAUCUUCGGGGCUAGGCCAUUGUUACUUUCACAGCGAUCACCGACCUUGUCGAACUCGGCCGGAUCAUUUCACCACGAAGAGCGCUUUGCCUCGAUAGAUUCGGGAUGGCACUCUCAAGGUGGCGGAUCAAGUGCCAGUGAUGAGCCUCGGAUUUUCGGUGGUCAUGGGUCGUUUCGCUUGGGAAUGGAGCCAUGACAUCAAAGGGGGGCUUUGUAGAACGACACAAAGAAUGGCCCAUUAUCAUCAGGCGAUACUUGGCAUAAUCAUCGCUGUAUACCUAACUUGGAGCUCCUUCUGCACAGGGACAAAGCCCAGGAGCCUGGUCUGGCGAUGGUGAACUGCAUUGCGAAUUGUGUGGAGGAUGGCAGAGAGCUGAGACUGAGUAUGAAAAUUGGAGAAAAGGAGGCCCAAGAACAAGCUCGCCAAGCAUUCUCAUGCCACUUUCACGACAUAAAGACGUGCAAAGAGACAACGGCGAGGCAGACCACUACCGGAAUCACGGCCCGAGGAGCAGUCAAGCUCGGAUCGGCUUUAGAGAGGCAGACGCCACACGCUGCAAGUGUGUUCCCCUUUCUGGGCUUGGUGGCUCUCCACACACAUGGAGAGGGGGGAAUAAUAGCUUUGCCAGGGGUUCUGGGUAGAUCGGAAGAAACCUGGGGAAAAGAGGGGAGUCAGGGGAGUCAGGGGAGUCUACAGCGCCCAAGCGCAGUUACAACAGUACUUGCAUCUAUAUUGAAUAUAGCGGUUUACUUCCC